AUGUAUACCACAAAAAAAAGAAAACCCGAAACAAAAACCGAAAACGAUGACAAAAACAAGCAGCCAGUGAUUGAGCAACGGAAGAGGAUGCGCAAAGAUCCUGCUUUUGACGUGACGAAGCCGCCCGUUCCUGCUCAGAGUGUGAACGAGCGUCUUCCUCCUCCCGCCGCCUCUUCGGCUUCAAAACUAAGGCUUUCUCCGCAUCCUCAGCAAUCAAAUCCCAAAGACGAGCGAUUCUGGCCUUCACAACCUCUUCGCGAAACCAAGUCCGGAUCCGUGGUAGGGAAGGACAGGGGUAACCCCCGGGUAGCCGGACACCUACCCUUACCCCCACCCCCCAAAACCCCUACCCCUGACUGA